AUGCAAGGGACCAAGUCCCAGAUCCCAAACAGCUCAGGGUCCUGUGGACAGACCACUGAAUGGCAAUGGCUGCAGGUAAGCAUCCUUGAAUCCUGCCAGGUGUGGUAUGGACCACGGGGUCCUGGAGAUGGGUUUGAGGCUUCGAACGUGAGUGCAGCCCAUCUUCUGCCCAUGUUGGAAACACUCUGGGCCCCUACGGGACCUAGGCCAUCGCUCUCAGUCUUUUCCCGUCUCUCUCUAGACUCUCGGUCCUCCUGGCUCCUCACCUUCACCCUGCUCUGCUUGCUCUGGCCUCAGGAGGCUGGUGCCUUUCCUGCUAUGCCCUUGUCCAGUCUGUUUGCCAAUGCUGUGCUCCGGGCCCAGCAUCUGCACCAGCUGGCUGCUGACACCUACAAAGAGUUUGAGCGUGCCUACAUCCCCGAGGGACAGCGCUAUUCCAUUCAGAAUGCCCAAGCUGCUUUCUGCUUCUCUGAGACCAUCCCAGCCCCCACAGGCAAGGAGGAGGCCCAACAGAGAUCCGACAUGGAAUUGCUUCGUUUCUCGCUGCUGCUCAUCCAGUCAUGGUUGGGGCCUGUGCAGUUCCUCAGCAGGAUCUUCACCAACAGCCUGAUGUUUGGAACCUCAGACCGCGUCUACGAGAAACUGAAGGACCUGGAAGAGGGCAUACAGGCACUGAUGCAGGAGCUGGAAGACGGCAGCCCCCGCAUUGGGCAGAUCCUCAAGCAAACCUAUGACAAAUUUGACACCAACAUGCGCAGCGAUGAUGCCCUGCUCAAAAACUACGGGUUACUCUCCUGCUUCAAGAAGGACCUGCACAAGGCUGAGACCUACCUGCGGGUCAUGAAGUGCCGCCGCUUUGUGGAAAGCAGCUGUGCCUUCUAG